AUGGGUGACGAAAUAAUGUAUGACACUGCAAAUACACAAACUCAAACUCAAAAUUCUCAAGUUGAAUUGAGUCAAACUAACACUCCGUCCGCGAUCCCAAAUAUUUGGGGUAGGCUUUAUUCAACAAAAUGCUGGAAGAACGAUGGGGUAAAGAAACCUGACUAUUACGACCUUAUUCAACCAGAUUUUACUCUAGGAAGAGCAUUAUCAUGUAAUAUUGUAGUUAAGAAAGAAACUAUGAAAGAAAAUAUUCUAAAAAGUGUAAGCAAACAACAUUUUGUUAUUAGAAGAGAUAUGACAGAACCAUUAAAUCCUGCUAUCUUAACUGACUUAUCAUACAAUGGUACAUAUGUAAAUGGUGUACAAAUUGGGAAGAACCUGAGCAGAGUAUUAGAUGACAAUGAUGUGAUAGCUAUUACACAUCCAACUGUGACAGUAUUUUUAUUCAAAGACCUACUUAAGAACAAACAAGAUAAUAUUCCUAGAGAAAUCUCACAGAAGUAUUAUAUUUCAAGGGUAUUAGGACAGGGAGCAUGUGGAGUUGUUAAAUUAGUGUAUAAUAAAGUGACGUGUACAAAAUAUGCAAUGAAAAUAAUUAAGAAAUGUAGAUUAACAAAUGGACAAGUGAAUCACCUAAAUGACCCAUUAAAAAUUAUGAAUGAAGUGAAUAUAUUAAAAGCUUUAAAACAUCCAUGCAUUAUUGCAACAGAGGAAGUUAUUGAUUCAAAAGAUGCUGUGUACAUUAUCCUAGAACUGAUGCAAGGUGGAGAAUUAUUUGACAGAAUAACGAGACAGGGACAUUUAUCCGAGAGACUAACUAGAUUCUUCUUUAAACAAAUUGUUCUAGCUGUUAAGUACCUCCACUCUCAGGGCAUCACACACAGAGACCUGAAGCCUGAGAAUGUGCUACUUGAGAGUAAGGUAGACGAAACACUAGUGAAGAUAACUGAUUUUGGUCUGAGCAAAUUUGUAGGAGAGGAUAGCUUUAUGAAAACAAUGUGCGGUACUCCAAUCUACCUUGCUCCAGAAGUAUUGAGGGCUAAUGGACAGAAUUGUUAUGGCCCUGAGGUUGAUGUGUGGAGUUUGGGCGUUAUAUUUUUUGUAUGCCUAGUCGGCUACCUGCCGUUCUCGGCGGAGUACCGCGAGAUGUCGCUGGGCGAGCAGAUCGCGACGGGCCGCUACCGACACUCGGGCGCGCACUGGCGCGGCGUGUCGGCGCCGGCGCGCCGCCUCAUGCGCCGCAUGCUCACCGUGCCCGCGCACCGGCGCAUCACGCUCGAUGAGAUUCUGGCGCACCCGUGGAUGCAGGAUGACGAAGUUAACCUCCGAAUCGACAUACUCCUCUCACAAGCGCAGAUGAAAAAUGGAUAUCUCUCCUUAUCAUCGAAAUCAGACGAGGAGAAUAAUAACUCGUCACAAAACACCGUAAGCGUCGUUAGACUCGUUGCGGCCAAUAAGAGAGCACUAAGUGACAGUUAUAAUUCCUGCGAACCAAUCCCUAAAAAGUUACGGUGUGAGAACAAUGAAGAUACCAGUUCGACCAAUAGCUUUUGUUCUGAGGAGUGACUGUUUUUAAUGAUUUUAUUUUGUUGUUGUGGCGAUUGAGUUUUGCGUUUUCGAACAGAUAUUCAAUAAUAGAAUGUAACAAAAUUGUUAUUCAAAGGAAGUAAAACGGGACAGGAAGUGACUAAAACCAGACUAUAUUUUACAUGAAUGUAAAAUAUAUACAGUUCUAAUUUCGAUAUUCUUCUUGGGCAUUAUAUUGACACAUUUAUAUAUUGUAAAUUGCAUCAUUCAGUACCUAUACGUAUGAUAUUUUUAUUAUUAUUAAUCAUACAAGAAAUUAGUUAGGAUAUAAUAUCUCUUCCGAUAUCAUUUUAUAGCAUUAAAAUCGCCUUGACUCAAUCGCUUUUGUGAUAUGAAAGCUCUAAUUCUUAUUGACUUAUUUUUAACAUUUUAAUUAUUCGUGUUAAUUUUAAUGUUCCUAUUUUGUUAAUUUGUGAUUAUUAUUUGAUUUUGAUGAUUUUAGAACUCUAUAAGUAUUAUUUCGUUCCAAUGUUGAAUUUUUAAAUUGAUUACGUCAAUAGCUACCUCUUAAAUAUAAGUUAAUUAUCCCACCGUUUAGAAUAUAUUAUGUGUGUUAUGGUUAUCGAAACAGGUUUUCGAAUACAUAAAAAAUUGACGGCCAGCUCGUAAGACUAAUAAGAUGAUAUUUUUCUUAUCAUCAAGAGACACGUCAAAAUUAAUGAUAAGAUUUUACUGAUGAAACAGGCUCGUUUUAAUUGUAUCCAGUGCCAUACCUGUUACAUCAUGUUGAGAGAUAAUAAUCGAUAAAUUUGUGAUUCUGGUAUACGAACGCCAAAUCCGUAUUUUCGUCAAUAAAACAAAAUUCUUUCAAAAA